AUGCUGCUGUCGCCCCUCACGUCUCCAACGCGUGCGCAUACACACGCGGACGGCGCAAUGGAUGAACGCGACGCCACUGGCGAUGAUGUUGGUGAUGGCGGUGUCGACGAUGACAACAAUCGUGGUGGUGUUUGUGGUGGAAGCAGGACCAACGACACAGAUGAAAAGCAGGGACGACAACAACAACAGCAACAGCAGCUACACGUUGGCGGCAGUGCGGUGGGAGGAGGAACAACGAGAGGACGGGAGGCAGCUGCUGUGACUGUGAAACGGAACGAACCACCAUUCGCAGCAGCAGCAGCAGCGGUGAUGGUGGCGCAAACACUCACGCACACGAACGGCGUGCACGCAAUCGACACUAUCGACGACGACAGCAACAGCGAACAGCAGCACGAAUGA